AUGACGAUUCCUUCAAAAACUCAAGACAAGACGGAAGAACAAGAAGCAGCUGCACCUUCCAAUGUUGAAGACGACAGUUUAGACGACUCAAUACCACCACAACCUAUAACACUACCGAAUUUUACAAAUUUUAGAAAUAUUUAUAUAAAUCCGAUCUCUUUUUCUUCUACUAUACCACCAAAUAAAGACGAGAAUGGUGAACCAUCACCACCACAACCAAAAUGGGAUGAAUUCUGUAUUCAAUGGUGUAAACAAAAGGAUUUAAAUCGCGAUAAAACUAUUGUACCGGAAUGUCAAAUGCUAUGUUUUAGAAGAAUUAAUGCUCAUUUAAAAAAUGAUCUAUUAAAAAAGCAACUAGUAGUUAAAGAAGAAUUAAAACAUCAUAAUAAACAUCAAGCUGAAAAUGUUGCUCAAGUAUUAUAUAAUAAAACUGAAAAUGGAGGAGAUAAAACUGAAUUCAAGGUACCAAGAAAUUUUAUGGAUGGAUAUUAUUUAUAUUACAUAAAAGGGUUGGAAUUAUGUCAGAAACAUACUGAAGGUAUGAAGAAUGAUGAAAUGUUCCGAUCCGGAUGGACACAAAAUAAUCCAGAGGAGUCUGAAAUAGACCUUGGUGAAAAAUUUGAACAAACUAAAUCAGAAAGUGCAAAACGUAUAAUAAAACGAGCCUUCACACCUGGCUAUCAACUUGCAAAAAGAUAUGUAGAGUCAUGGAAGGAUGGAACUCAAACUUCUUUUUUAAAAAGAUUUUAUGAAAGCGUACAGCGCAUGGAUGCUGUUCACAUUGUACAGGAUAAUAUUAAAAAAGCUGUAGAAGAUUCAUCUAACGAAAGAAAUGAAAAGUGA